UCCCGACUACAGUCGGAAAUCGGCCAGCGUGACGAUAGCACCGAGCCUGCGUUCGCUUGAACCUUGAGACAUAACAGCUAAAUGUUAUUUCAUGUUAAUUAUUCGUGCAAAUAGUCUGUUGAUAUUAAAAUAUUAUUAUUAACAUUAAAUAUCAAUCUACCGACGUUUUUAUGUGUUCAUUAGUAAAAAUUUUAUUUAAAUUUAAAUAAAAAACUAAUGAUUCAUUAGUUAACCGAAAGGACGUAGCAUUAAAAAAAAAGAACGUGACAGUGUUUGUUGUGUUUAUUCGAAAACUUUUAAAAUCGGAAGUGUUGCCGCCUAGACUACUUAUUUAUUUAAUAAAUUAUUAUUAAUUUUAAUUGUAAUAGUUUUUAAUUUAAAAAAAAAGUUUAUUUACAUAAAACGCCAGCAAUGGCUAGUUUAUCAAGUGGGCGACCAGCGGUCAUUGCAAUUCUCAUGCUGCUGCAUCUAGCUUGGACUAAUGCAGCAACAUUGGAGAUUUUACCUACCGGGGAGUUUCAAUCAAGACCCAGUGGAUCAAAGCUUUUUUUCACCUGUAAGCUAUCUGGUGUUAACGACCCCACAUUGGGAACCAUUCAAUGGCGGGAUCCAUUUGACAGGGUUAUUGAAUCACGAAGUCUCGUCGUGUUGGCGAUCGACAGCUUGUUUUCUUCAAACGGCAAAUCGGGGAACCCAGUAGUCUUCACAGAGAAGAAUCCUGAUAACAGUUUAUCACUGUUUUUUAAUCCACUGAAAGAAGAUCAAACUGGUCUGUACACCUGCAUCGGAAACUACGCGCAGACUGAAAGCUUCAACAAGAGUGUAAACGUUCAAACAAUUGACGCCAUUACAUGGGUUGACGCUCCAGAAACUCAAUACGCAGUAGUUGGAAAAGAGUACAGAAUAAAGUGUCAAGUGAGUGCCCGACCAGCUCCAACAGUUGGCUGGUACUUGGGAAACAAAGAAAUAUCAACAGACGACCACUACAUCGUAGAAACCCACGCAUUAAAAAUCACCAACGUAAGAGACGAAGAUUCCGGUUCUUACAUUUGUCGCGCGGCCGUCCAGCAGACUGGUGAGCUCGAAGAACGUUUGAUAAACUUGAUCGUCCAGGAAGCGCCCAAGCUCCAAGAAAAUUCAUCCGAGGUUGAAAUAAUCGAGGGAAAAACAUCGAGCAUAACCGUCUGCAAGUCGACUGCCGGCAAGCCACCACCACUUUACUCCUGGGUGAAAUCACUCUCCAAAGAAAACCUAACAACGGUAAAUCGAUUCGGUGUUGAUCGUGACACUGGCGUGCUGACCAUCACCGAUGUGCGUCGAGAGGACAGCGGAGAGUACCAGUGCAUUUCCGAGAAUCCAGCGGGAACUGCAAGUAUAAUUAUACGCGUAAACGUGAUAGAGAAGCCCAAGAUCAUGGAAUUCCUCAACAGGACCCAGGUUGCGCAAAAAGACAUAGAGAUAACUUGCAAAGCAUAUGGGCGACCGCCACCAACUGUUGUCUUCAAGAAGCAGACCAAGGAUAAGCCGUUUACCAAAGGAAGGCAGGCAAAUGACGACCGGAUUGAACUUUCAAGCAAGACACUUGACUCGAACGGCGAAACAAUCGCUACUUUAUCGAUCCAGCGCGUGUUACGCGAAGACGACGGCAUCUACGAGUGCAUUGCAACCAACAAAGUCGGCUCUAGCUACAAGAACGGUCACUUGACCGUCGAAUUUCCACCGUCGUUUGCUUCAAUGACCAACCACUCAGUCUGGUCGUGGGAGCGCAGACCAGUAAAUUUGACCUGUAUCGCCGAAAGUAUUCCAAACGCGACCAUCCAGUGGUUCCACGGCGAGCGCCUGAUUUCUCCUUCAGAAUUGUCCGGCUCUGAAGCUUAUGCCCAGUAUGGAAACGGCCCCAUCAGCACGCUACGAGUCACUCCUCUAGACACUCGGUACUACGGCCACUACCGCUGCCACGCUAAAAAUGUCCACGGUGAAAGAAUCCACACGAUUCAGUUGAAAGAAGGCAAGCGACCGGAUGUAAUUCCACAAGCACGAAUGUCUGAAGUAACUGCCACGACAAUGGCGUUCACAAUAGUGCCGCCUCCAAUGGAACCUGAGCUACCGGUCAAGACAAUUACCGUUCAAUACCGCGAGUACAACCAACAGUGGGCGGAAGCCAGGAACAAAACCUGGGCACUCAAUUCGCCUUACAUCUUGGAGCAGCUGAAUCCGGCAACUACGUAUGUAUUCCGGUUCCACGCGACGAAUGACGUAGGUUCGGGCAACUGGGGUGCUAAUUUCGAAGAAAACACGCCUAUGAGAACUGUUCCGAACCCACCCAAGUUCCAGCCAAGAACUGAUAAUCCUUCUUAUGAUAUUUCGCUGUAUGGCUAUCAGUAUGAGUUGAAUUGGAUUGCUCCUCCAGAUAACGGCGAACCGAUUGAUAAGUACGAGAUUCAGUACUGCGAAGUCAAGCGCAUCAGUGGUGAAUGGAUUCAGCAGGACAAUACUUGUUUACGCGAUGAGAUAAAAGGACAGAGAUCUAAACAUAUGAUUAGGAAACUCAUUCCUGAUACGUUCUACCGCGUAGAGCUUAAAGCCCACAAUAUUAUUGGCUUUGGAAAGUCAGAGAUUAUGCAAUUCAAAACUGCUAAAGAGUCGAGCGGCAGCACUGUGGACUACUCGAUACUAUCUUCUGGAGGUUCGUCCAAGUCCAACUCCAUCGUUCAUGCGAUUGUCACAGCUUUUGCGAUUGUCUUCUUAGCCAUUUAGAAUCGCCAUUUUUAUUUACUCGUGAUUUAUUUGUUCAAGCAUUAACGUUUAUAAAAACGAAAAUCAACACGGACUCUUUUUAAUUAAUUAAUUAUUAAUUAAUAGAAAAAACUAAGGACAACUAAACAAACUCUCUCGUAAUAAUUAUUAAGAGGAGUAAUUAUUUUUUUAUAAACAAAAUUACAAGAGUCUGAAGCUGCGAUCUUGUUCUCGCAGAGAAAAUAUAUUUAACUUUUUUUCACUCACUUCACUUCCGUAGGAAUGAACUGAGUGAUACGGUUGAAUCAAAGACAACAUUUUUUUUUUCACCGUAUUAACAACGACACUAAAGAGAUAAUAUAAAGUAGGAUUAAUUAGGUGAUACGCUAAUUAAUACACAUUCCGACUAGGUUUCGUAUAUAUAAAUCAUUAAAAGAAUAAUAAUAAUUACACAUAAUAAAAGUAAAAACAAUUAUGAAAAACGCGAAUGCUGCUUACAAAGCUCCAGCGUUCUCUAAAGUAAUUAACGAAGAGCAUAACGUUGUAUAAUGAUAUAGACUUGCGGAUUUAAAAUAAUAAACAUGUAAAAUAUUUAACCUAAUAUUAAUGUAUUUACAUUAUUACAAUUAUUAUUAUUAUUAUUAUUAUUAUUAUUAUUAAUUUUUAGUUUUAUUAUUAAUGCUCAUCGUUAAAGACGUACUGGUACGUUUUUUCUUUCUCUUUUGUUUGUUAUUAUUUUAAAAAAUCAGGCUAGGAUACUGCCUCGUAUUGCCAAAAAAAGCUUAACACACUUGUACUUGUACUUUUAAAAUUAUGUCAAUCUAUAAA